AUGCUCGUCGAAUGGCCAGAAGGAGGAGGUAUAAUCGGCCAUCUUAUUGAUACUUGUUGCUAUCUACCAGGCUGGGGGGUGCAUGCUGCUGCUCCACCGAGUCCACCCCACGAUGGCCUUGGACUUGCAGAAGGGCUGACGGUGGCGGGACCUGCAGUAUAUGUCCGGAAGACGGUCAGUCAAUACCUCCCGUGUUCUUCUUCUGCCGGGGCCGCUGGGGAUGUUGAGAGUCGGGCCUUGACAGCUCAAGCGCGUGCUGGCCGUGGCUGA